AACAGGAGACGGAGGCGACCCAAAAAAACCCAUCCCCGCCUUCGUGCGUAGCUCUUCCGCCUCCACUUCCGCUCCUCGUACCUUCGUUCUCUUCCUCUUCAUCGAUUUACUCCGCCCAAAUUUCUAGGGUUUCUCUUUGGUUCCCCUAUGGCCACCCAUGUCAUGCCUCCGGCUUCGAGAAGGGACUAUCUUGCCUCCCACCGAGUGAUUCCGGUGGAGAAUGGCAGUGACGCUGCCACUCCCAUCGGGAGCUCUUCCGAUCCCACCACUUCUAACGGAUCCUCGAGGGCGGUGGCGGUGAAGAAGUUGAGGUUGUCGAAAUCUUUGAUCCUCUCCCAGGAGACGACGGUUUACGAUGCCUGCAGGAGGAUGGCAUCUCGCAAGCUGGAUGCUGUUCUUCUGGCGGAUGCCGAGGGGUUUCUCUCUGGGAUUGUCACCGCUAUGGAUGUAGUGACAAAGAUUGUCGCCGUGGGUUUGUGCCCAGAGCAGACUAUCAUAACGAAGAUAAUGACAAGAAGCCCAGUGUUUGUCAUGGCUGAUACUCUAGCCUCUGAGGCACUUCAAAUGAUGGUUCAAGGAAAAUUUAGGCACCUUCCAGUUGUAGAAAAUGGUGAAGUUACUGCAAUGUUGAAUAUUAAUAAGUGCUUGUAUGAUGCCAUAUCAAGACUGGAAAGGACUGUGGAACAAGGUUAUGCUAUAGCAGCUGCUAUUGAAGGAUUUGAUAGCCAAAGGCAAGGCAAAUUCUCAGCUCCUUUUUCUUUCACUGAAGUUCUCCAAGAAAGGAUGUUUAAGCCUUUUCUGUCAACUAUCAUAUCAGAGAACACAAAAGCCGUGGUAGUGUCUCCUUCAGAUUCUGUGUAUAUUGCAGCAAAAAAGAUGCUUGAAUUUCAAGUUAGAUCAGUCAUUGUCGCAAAUGCAAACAGGCCUAGAGGGAUCCUAACUUCAAAAGAUGUGCUCAGACGUGUUGUUGCUCAACACCUUUCUCCAGAAUUGAUUUUAGUAAAAAAGGUCAUGACUGUCAACCCUUUUUGCGCUACCUUGGAAAUGACAGUUCUUGAGGCAUUGCAUGUAAUACGUGAUCAAAAUUUUUCACAUCUUCCAGUCAUAGAUAGAGAAGGUCUUGUUCUUGCUUGUUUGGAUGUUGUACACCUAACCCGAGCUGCUGGUUUGAUGGUUGAAGAAAAUGCUGGAGUGUUUAAUGGCAUGGCAAACAUUGUGACACAGAAGUCAUCGGACUACUCCCCUCAUGUGGAGCCAGGACAUGAAGAAUAUGACACUCGAAGUGGAUUGUCUUCCUCGAUAACGUCAGAGGGUGCUGAGACAGAGAUGCUGUAUCCCCCUCCUCCCAUUGGAAAUUCAAUUGUCUUCAAGUUAACAGACAAAAAGGGUCGUAUACACAGAUUUUGUUGUGGUACAAAGACUCUAUUUGAACUUGUGUCUGCUGUAGGUCAGAGAAUAGCAAUUGAUGGAGAGAAAUGCAAAAUCAAACUCUUGUACGAAGACAGUGAAGGUGAUAAAGUUCUUCUAGCCACGGAUGAUGACCUUGUUGAAGCUAUGAAUCAUGCCAAAUCAAUAGGAUGGAAGGUUUUGAGGUUGCACAUUGAUGACCUAGAGACCAAUAAAGCAGCAACAAGUUCAACAUCAGGCCUUGCACUGAUAAAAAGAAACGAAUGGAAGUCUACCAGAGCUGGGAUUUUGGUGGGAACUCUUGCAGCAGCAAGCAUUGGAGUACUGGUAUAUUUGAAACGGCACAAGGUUUGAAUCCAACAGUGCAACAAAUAAAGAGCCACGAUUCAUUGUAUCCAACCGCGUUUUCCUCAGUUUUGAGAAAAAAAAAACCCAGCACUUUCUCAUUGCCAAAUAACCUGAGUUCAUCCUACAUUCAUGAUUCAUCAUUGAAUGCCCAACUGAUUGGGGGGUUAUUAUGGAGAAAGCCACGUGAAAAUUAUAGCAUAUCUUCUUAAUUGUCAAAAUCAUCAAAGAUAUUGAUAUCGAAGGAAAAUAUCAAGAUUAUGUUCUUCGUAUGAUUGUCAAAAUCAAUAUAGAUGCAGACAUUGGAUCUUUGAAGAUUUAAGUAUUUUUCUAUUUUCAUUA